AUGGCCCGGCCGGUGCAGCUGGCGCCGGGCUCGCUGGCGCUGGUGCUGUGCAGGCUGGAGGCGCAGGAGGCGGCGGCGGGCGCCGAGGAGCCUGGCGGGCGCGCGGUCUUCCGCGCCUUCCGCCGCGCCAACGCGCGCUGCUUCUGGAACUCGCGGCUGGCGCGCGCCGCCUCGCGGCUGGCUUUCCAGGGCUGGCUGCGGCGCGGGGUGCUGCUGGUGCACGCACCUCCCGCCAGCCUGCAGGUGCUGCGCGACGCCUGGUGCCGCCGGGCGCUGCGCCCCCCGCGCGGCUUCCGCAUCCGGGCGGUGGGAGAUGUCUUUCCAGUGCAAAUGAAUCCGAUAGCUCAAUCUCAGUUUGUACCUUUGGCUGAAGUUCUUUGCUGUGCUGUAUCUGAUAUGAAUGCUGCCCAGAUUGUGGUGACACAGGAAUCACUGUUGGAGCAUUUGAUGAAACACUACCCAGGCAUUGCAAUUCCAUCUCAAGAUAUUCUCUAUACCACUCUGGGAACUCUGAUUAAAGAAAGGAAGAUUUAUCACACUGGAGAGGGAUACUUCAUAGUCACCCCUCAGACUUACUUCAUCACAAAUACAACCCCUCAGGAAAAUAAGAGAGACCUGUCAGAUGAAAGUCACCCGGUGCCAACUUGCGUUACGUAUCUGGUGAGCGUAGCCAGCUGUGCAGAACUAGCCAAAGGAAAUGCUGCCCCCAUUUCCCAUUGUCAGUCUUGCCGGUGUUUCCCUGCCCCGUGCACCCAGGACGUAGAGGCGACACCGGCGGCUGCAGAAAUGGCUAGAAAAGGCCAGAAGGGUCUUCAGGAAUCCAGAUCUUUGGUACAGAAUCGAGCGGUUUCAGUGUCUGAGGAGAAUCACAUCUGUGAAAGCGCCAAACCGUUACCAGACACAAAAGACAGAGAAAAAGGCAAGAAGUUUGGCUUCAGCCUCUUCUGGCGUAGCCUAUCCAGGAAGGAGAAGUCCAGAACAGAGCACAGCAGUUUCUCUGCCCAGUUCCCACCAGAAGAAUGGCCUGUCCGAGAUGAAGAUAACUUGGACAAUAUCCCUCGAGACGUCGAACAUGAGAUUAUCAGAAGAAUUAAUCCCAUUCUGACCGUUGACAACUUAAUCAAACAUACCGUCUUGAUGCAAAAAUACGAGGAACAGAAACAAUAUAAUAGCCAGGGCACUUCCACUGAUAUGCUGACGAUGAGGCAUAAAUAUCCUUCAAAAGAGGGAGUGAGGAACCGGAGGGGCCGGUCUGCAAAGCCUCGAAGAAGGCGGGGCUGUUCUCAGAGGGAUAGGCACCAAGCCGGGAGUCCGGGAAGCGAGCCUCAGCCAGGAAGCAUUAGACUGGAGAAACAUCCCAAGCUCCCUACUCCCCAACCCACCCCCAGAAUUAAAAACCCAAAUGGAGCAGUAGUUCAGAAACCACUUGAUGAGAACCUAUCAGUGCUGGGGUCCCAUUUGAUUUACAAGAAGCGAAUUAGUAAUCCUUUCGUAGGUUUUUCUCCCCGGGGGAUCCCAGUAACCAAAGGGCACAACAUCCAGAAGACCAGUGAUCUGAAACCCAGUCAGACUGGACCAAAGGGAAAGCCUUUCCCAAGGUCAAGGUCUUUGGAUUCUUCAAGAAUUUUUGAGAGUGAACUCAAAGAGCCACAUGCUGAACAAUGUAAAGAUGAACUGAUGGCAGAAUCCAUUUAUAUGAAUAACUCUGCCGUCAAACCUAUCAGUGAUGACUUCAGAGAUCCCCUCUUAAAUUACUCUCAAUGUAGUGUUUCGCAAAAUGGCAGUAAAUGUUCUUUUCGGGAAAGCAUGUUGAGAUAUGAUGUAUAUGGUGGAAAAAACGAGGUAAUCCCUGAAGUCUUGAGGAAAAGUUAUUCUCCCUUUGACACAUUAGGGGAAGCCAAAGAAACACGGCAUGUCCUGCCAUCACAAGGACAUCCUGCCUCCUCUUUAGGCCAUGCCUCCUCUGCUUGUAGAAUAGUUGAUCAAACAAUACAUCAGUUCCAAAAUCUUGGUAUUCUGGAUUACCCAGUUAGUACGAACUAUUUGAGACAACCUGAGAGACAAGAUGGAGACUUAGAAGAAAUACCAAUGAGAAAGGCAUUUGUCCCGGAAGCAGAGACUGUGGAUCUAGAAAACAAGGGGCUUUCUGAUGAUAACCAGGCCUUGUAUCAGAAUGAAUUGGAAGAUGAUGAUGGUGCUUGUAGUUCAUUAUAUCUAGACGAGGAGGACUUUUCCGAGAAUGAUGACUUAUGUCAAAUGCUGCCUGGCCGCAUUCAGUAUUCCUUUGCAGGGAGAAGCAAGUGGAAUCAUUUGGGGAAACAGAAAGUGACUGAAAUAUCUCUGACUGAGUACGGCAACAAAAUAGACAGGUCUGAGCUUCAGGUGCUUGAAGGAAAUGAGUGUUACAAACCCACUGGGUUUUUCACUAACCCAGGUGAAAGCCAAACACCUAAUAUCUCUGCUGAAAGCGGUGGCCUCAAUUCAGGGACUCAGUCCAGUUUUAACUAUGAAGAGGAACCCAGUGUUGCUACGUAUGCCCAGACCUCAGCAUCCGCGGAUGGAAGUAUAUUUGAUUACUAUAGCACAAGGAAAGCCCAUUCUGAGACUGAAACCCUCCAAGACUCUGUUGGUGACACAGGAAAGAAACCAGCUAGCUGGAGUCAGAGUGCUCAGAAUCAGGGAAUGAGAAAGCAGUUCACACAAAAGGUAGAACUUUUCAACACUUCACUUAGGCCAGUGUUGGCUCAGGAUAUCCAACACGAACACAGUCAUUUGGAAGGAACAGAAAAUCAGAGCAUGGCAGGAGAUAGUGGAAUAGAUUCUCCACGGACACAGAGUCUGGCAUCUAAUAAUUCAGUCAUUUUGGAUGGACUAAAAAGAAGACAGAAUUUUCUGCAGAACUUUGAAGGCACAAAGAGCGGUCAAACACUCGCAUCCAAUUCCUUACUACAACUAACUCCAGUCAUAAAUGUUUAA